CUCCGAGAGCGACCGGGAGGGCUACGCGGCGGCCGCAGCCAUGGGUGCUGGGCCUGCGGGGGCGCGGGGGGUGCGCGAGGACCUGCGGGGCGGGGCGGGAGAGAAGGCUGCCGGGACCGGCCCUAGACACUGAGCCGCGGUGGGAUCCCCACCGGCUCUGCGAGGCCCUGCGAGCGCCAGGGAGGCGCCUCGAGGGAGCCGGGCAGCCGCCGGCCACUUCAGGGGGGCCCGCCUCGCCGCCCGGGCGGUGGAGAGAGCCUUGGGGGCACAUCUCGGGGUGCGGUGACCCGCCCGGCGCAUUUCGGGGGUCGGGGCGCAUUUGCCAGGGGACAUCUGGAGCCCGGCCCUGCUUCUGUCGGGCUCCAGGGUACCCCUGGAUGGCUGCGCUGUGCCCUCGCCGGCCGCCCGGGCGCCGCAGCGGCUGAGUUCGCCGGGAUCGCCGGGCCGCCGCCCUUGCCACCCGCUGCAUGCUCGGCGCCCGGGUCGCGGCCCACCUGGACGCACUGGGCCCCCUGGUCCCCUACGUGCCGCCGCCGCUGCUGCCCUCUAUGUUCUACGUGGGCCUGUUCUUCGUCAAUGUGCUGAUCCUGUACUACGCCUUCCUCAUGGAGUACAUCGUCCUCAACGUGGGCCUCGUCUUCCUGCCCGAGGACAUGGACCAGGCGCUCGUGGACCUCGGCGUGCUCUCCGACCCCGGCUCGGGCCUUUACGAUGCUGACUCGGAGCUCGACGUCUUUGAUGCGUACUUGGAGUAGGGUCUCGACUGCUGUUCCCCUCUUCCCUACACGAUCCGCAACCCACGCCCUGGACCAGCCGCCCAGAUCAUGCCGCCGCAGCUGGUUGGGGGCACCAUCUGGACGGGGAUGGUUCCCCAGGAGGAGACCCUCCCCUGCCUCCGAGGCCUGUCUAACUGGAUGCCAGGAAUGGCCAGACUCCUCUUAAGCCCUUCGUUUGGGCUGGAAAGCUUCCUCCAGCAAAGGGGACAGCUGGUGAAAAGGAAGGAGACCCCGAGACUAAGUUACAUGUGGGGUAGCUCUGUGACUUACCCCCCAAAGCUUAUGGAAAAAGCCUUCGCUCCCAAAUCCAUUUGAGGCAGAGCUGUCAGCUCCUCCCCCAGUCCUCAUCCUGGCUUGAUGAUGACCUUGGCUUUUGGGGGAUUCUCGCUCGUCCUAGAAGGAUAAAGAUUUAGGGGUGUCAGAAGACACAGGGAGCCAGGCACGAAUCACCUUUGUACUGUGGCCCUUGGGGUAGCUGGGUGCGGAUUAAGUGCAGGGGCUCCAGGCCAAGGCUGUGAGAGGAGAAAUCGCAAGCAAAGAAGCCCGUACUUCCUUUUGGCCUUGGGUUUGCUGCUAUUUUGGAGUCAGGUUUCAGGGUGCCCCAGCUCAUCAGUUCUGCAGCUCAGAACUGCAGGGGCUGCCAGUUUUGUAGGCUCCCUUCACAGAACAGGCAGGCAGGGAGCUGGUGCUAGGGCUCGCUUUGUCUGCAGUGUUUGCAAGCGCUCAGGGGGCUCUUAGGUCCUCGGGAGAAGGCACCACAGGGUCAUUGCACUGAGAUGGUCAAGUCCUGUCUUUGGGGCUGCGACGAGGGAGCUUUGCAUCCAGCAUCCAGCCCACUGUGUAUGUGAGAGGUAGGGAAAUGAAGGUCCAGGAAGGAGUAAGACUUGGUCAUAGUCACAAGGAAGAGAGGCAGCUAGACUCAAUUAGAGAGAACACAUGAGCCAGACAAGCUGUCAGGCAGCUGCCAGGUCUGGUGAGGGUCACAGGGCAGGCAGGAACGCCUUGGCUCAGCCCCUGAGACUGGACAGUACUGGAGUGUCACUGGGCACAGGGUCUAAGUGGCAAUGAAGAGGGGAUGCUGAGAUAUGGUCGGCAAGGGCUCCUUUAGGAAAAUGGACACUAAUGCCAUUCACCGCAAGCAGGCUGAGUCCACCCCUCUCCUGCAUUACCUGGCUUUGCCAAGACAACCACAGGCAGAGGGUGUCUUAGUUCAGUCUGCUAUAACAGAACACCAUAGGCUGGGGGACUUAAACAUUUAUCUCUUACUGUUCUUAUAAGGGCAUUAAUCCCAUCCAUGAAGGCUCUGCCUUCAUGACCUAAUCACCUCCCUAAGGCCUCACCCCGCAAUACCAUCAUUUGGGAUCAGAGUUUCAACAUAUGAAGUUUGAGGAGACACAAACAUUGAGUCUGUUGCAGAUGGUGGUACAGGGUGGGGUAGGACCUACUGACAGCAUAGCUGGGGGCAGAGGGCUCUCCUAAUGGGUUCACAGUGAGUUUUCUUUGAAGAAAGCUUCAGUUGAGCUCAGUAAGAUCUUAGCAAGAACCAAGUGCCAGGGGGAGAGUGUGCCAGGUGCUCUGCACACCUCCCCAGCCUGCCUGCCUGCCUGCCUGCCUGCCAGCCAUCCAUCCGUCCGUUCUUUUACAGAAUGAAUGCUUGUUGGUUCAGUACAGUGCCUGGUGAUUGAACACAGUGAACAAGACAGACCAAGCCUUGGCCCUUUGGCGCUUGGUGAGGAAGACUAGUAGGAAUCCAAACAAGAGAAUCAGAUUUUUUCGGAACUAUGAAGGCAGGCAAGAAGGACAUGAGCUUCCCUGUUGUGUUCACUGCCAUGUCCUCAACACUUAAAACUGUGCCUGGCAUCUAGUAGAUGGUCUCUGUAGGUGUAGACAUGGAGUGAAACAGAAGUGAAACGGUAGAAUAGAGAUGGUGGGCUGCUUUAGCUGAGGGGUCAGAGAAAGCCUCUCUAAGGAGAUGAUGCUUUUGAGCUGAGCCUUAAUUUGAUAGAAGGAUCUGGAGAAAAGCAGUCCAGGCUGAGGGAACCAGUGGUGCCAAGGCCUUCAGGUGAGAGAGAGUUGGUUUUUCCGCAACCAAAAGGAGGCCCAUGUGGCUGGAGAACAGCCCCAGGAAAGGUCAGUGAGGUGGGUGGGAGCCAUACCAUGGAGGACCUGGAAGGCCAUAGCCAAGAGCAGUGGAAAGCCAUUGGAAGGUUCUAGGCAGGAGAUGACACAAUCCCAUUCCUAUUUUGCAAAAAUGACUCUGGCAAUUGUGGACAGAAUGAGCUGAGGGGUAAGAGGGGAAGCAGGGCCACCACCUCGGAUGCUGUUAGUUGUCCAGGCCAGAGGUGACAGAGGCUUGGAUGAGGGGAGUUUAGUGAAGAUAGAGAAACAUGAACAGACUGAGAACAACUCUCAAAAGUAGAACCUAUGGAAUCCAUUCAAAAUCUGUACUGAGCAUUGAUUGUAUCGCACUCCUGGGUCUAGGCCCUUUGCAUAUGCACUCACUCAUUCAACAGACUUUGACCCUGCCUGCUCUUCUGCCAGGCCAUGUGCUAAGGGCCUGUGAUCCCAAGAUAAAUCCCUGUCGCCAAGCCAAGCUUUUGACUUUGAAGCAGUGUAACUUGGUGAGGAACGUCUUAUUUUAUCUCUUUACCACAUCAACAGAAACACUUCCCCUUCCAAGUGAAAACAUUGGCAUAUUCUGAACUAAAAACUGAAUCCCAAAUGCUUCGACAUAUUUUGCAGCAAACGCUGUUUAAGCAGAAACACCAGGAAAUAUCUCUCAGGGACACCCUUGCAAAGCUCUCGGGGUGUCAGGGCCUGACCCUGGGAAGUGGGGAGGCCUGGAGAAGUGGUGGAAGCCAUGCACAGCCUUCCCUCCUCCCACCCUCAAAUCCAAGCCAAGGAGGCCUUGCCCCCAAGUGCCAAGGAAGCUCAGAACCCCAGGGUAUGAGAGGGGUGGCUAGCAGCAGGGAAGCCGCCAGGAAAGACCUCAAGAUGAUCUGACCGAGCCUCAUCUCCAGGCCCCUUUCCAUAAGCAGGGGAACGCCGGUAGUCAGUCCUGCUCUUUCUCAGCCAUUCUCAUGUGGUCACAUGUGUUCCCCACACGCCAAUCCAGGAAACGGUGACUAAGGGUGUGGAGCAUGUCACACAGUGGGGCCCAGGAUGAAUCUCAAGAUGAACAGGUGCACC